CUUCCUCGCCAAUCGACCGACCACAACUGGGCUGGUUGCUGGGUUGCUGUCUGCUGUCCGCUGCCUCUUGUCCGUUGCGUUCUUGCUUCGCUUGCUCCACCCGCCUGCUCCUUUGAUCCGAUCGCCGCCAGAAUGGAUUCAGGACUCCGCCAGCGCCCUGCUGUCUCCAGCACCAAGCCCGUUGCUGCCUCGGCCGCCGCUUCCAAGAAGCGCACCGUGCCCUCGGCCCCCUACUCCCUCAACCAUGAGACCCCAAAGUUCACCCUCAAGGACGUCCGCGAUUGCAUCCCCCCGCAUUUGUUCAAGCGCUCGCUCGCAAAGUCCUUUGCCACGCUUGCCCACGAUCUGAUCAUCCAGGCCAUUCUCUGGUAUGGCGCCACCUACAUUGACCAUCUCCCCCAUCCCUUCAACUGGAUCAUGUGGCCUGUCUUCUGGGUUUGCCAAGGCGUCGUCUGGACUGGCGUCUGGGUUAUUGCUCACGAAUGUGGCCACCAGGCUUUCUCUGACUACGCCUGGGUCAACAACCUCGUCGGCUGGGUCCUCCACUCGGCUCUGCUUGUCCCCUACUUUUCAUGGAAGAUUACCCACUCGAAACACCACAAGGCCACCUGCCACCUGACCAAGGACCAGGUCUUUGUGCCCUACACCCGCAGCCAGUUUAAUCUUCCUCCUCCUCCUGCCAAUGUCGAUACGCUUGAGGAAGAGUCGAUCAUGGAUGACAUUCCGAUCUUGAACGUGUUCCGCGCAUUGAAAUACCUCUUUAUCGGCUGGCCUGCCUACCUGCUUUUCAACGCCUCCGGCCAGCAGUACAAAACCUGGACCUCGCACUUCCGCCCCAACUCGCCCAUCUUCGAGCCCAAGCAGUGGCUGCUGAUUGUGUACUCCGACAUUGGCUUUGCUCUCACCGUGAUUGCCCUGAUUGUCGCUGGCCAGCACUUUGGCUCUAUCGCGGUCUUCAAAUACUACGUCCUCCCCUAUCUCGGUGUCAACUUCUGGCUGGUCUUUAUUACCUUCCUGCAACACACCGACUCCAAGGUUCCUCACUACGACGACGACGAGUUCACCUUCCUGCUGGGUGCCCUUGCCACCGUUGACCGCGACUAUGGCGUCCUGAACUAUUUCCACCACCACAUCGCCGACACCCACGUCGUCCACCACCUGUUCUCGACUAUGCCUCACUACAACGCCGUCGAGGCCACCGAGCAUGUGAAAAAGUUCCUCGGAAAGUAUUAUCUCUACGACGACACCAACAUCUUCCUUGCGAUGUACCGCUCCGUUCGGGACUGCAAGUUUGUUGAGGACACUGGCCGAGUCCGAUACUAUAAGAACUAGAAUCGGUCCCUGUCGGUCGGCGAUAGCUUAGCGCCGCCAAAGUUGACGGGAACGCACGCGCUAAUCCUGGCGCUUUGCAUGCAUCUCCACUUCCGGCCAGCUGUGUGAUCUGACUGCGGCCGCCACCUAAUGCAUUUUGCUUGCCUCAGUCAACUUCAAUACAUUAAUGUCAAGGAAGCCACCUCGAACAUGGGUUACGGCUUCAUAAGCGAUGGUAUUUGUGGUGAUGAUACCGACACUAUGGUCUGCGACGCAGCUGGACCCGCCGACAAGCCAGCCGAUGCGGAUUGUUAUAUGCGUCCCUUCCUUGGUGGGCAGGUGAAGAGGAAAAUGACUGUCGGGCCCCUGGGAGCGCCGAUGGAUGCCCGUCAAUCCGCACAAGCCGUCCGUGGGCUGAAAAGUCCCAUCUCAAAAUAAACUGCCUAAACUCACG